CACACGACAAGUUCGACAUCUGCUUUGAGUCUAGUUAACUUUGAGAUAAUAUGUCACGGGAUGUUGUUCCGAAAACGCUUGUUGCAGCUGGUCUGCUGAAUCUGCCUAUGCGUACAGGAAGUAUGUUACUCGGCCGAGGGCAGCAAGAGUCAAGACGAAGCUUCAUUUCUUCAGGGUUCUCUCUCGUCUAUAGAGCCCUAUUCUGUCGCGACAGAAAAUGGGAUCAGCAACGACUAUCGUUGUGUGGGCCUAUUCUUCUCUGGAUGCAGCGCCGCUAGAGCGGGCACGAGAUCCGAAGCAGAUGGAGAUUGUCAAUAAGAGAAAUUGUUUGAGCCACCACUGGCGCAGCCGCAGAAGGCGCGUCUCUACUCCCCUAGACUCCGAGGAGGGUUGGACCAGUGAUCCACUAUCGAAUGUAAGCCCACGAUGUUGGUGUGAACGAUCCGAGUCUACAUCAUGACCUGAGCCAUCCAGUAUCUG